AUGAAGAAGCUCACAGAGGGUGAUGAAAAAAGAUGGCAAUCAGCAGAAGAUAAUUUUCGGCAAAUUCGUCUCAAUUAUUAUAACCGAAAGAAGAAAAAAAUCUGCCAAUCUCGACACGAAGGCAACUUGUAUGAUGAAAAUCAAAUCAAUCAUAUUAUUUGCACACAAACUGAUUCACAAUCUCUUCCUCCUCCUACUACUACACAAUCUUCCAUGUCGAAUACUGUAAUUGUAAAUGAGAAUGAUCAUUUUAAAAAAGACGAAAUCAAUUCGUUCAUUAGUGAUGAUGAUUCAAUACAAUUGAAUGAUAUUCGUAAAGUCUGUGAUCAAUUUGUAUGGAAUAUAGUCGAAAGUGAUUCAAAUGUAUUUUUACUGACCAGAUAUUUAAUAUCGAAUACAAUUAUUUGUUCAAUAAGUAACAUUGAUCCCGAUAUGAGCUAUCAACAUAUAUGUCAAUACGUACUCGACUUUUGUUUUGGCAAUGAUAUAUGCGGCAAACAUGGACGUUGUAUUAAUACUUUAGUUACUUCUAGAUGUUCAUGUUAUCUUUAUAUGGAUGGUCCAAUUUGUGAUAAAAUUUCGUGGAAAUUUAUACAGCUUUUAAUUGGUGCUUCUAUAAUUAUAUUUAUUUUCAUUAUAUUAAAAUUCAAACGACUUCAGAAAUACCAAAAACUUUUUUUCAAAAAGCUCAGCGACCUGCUUAAGACUCCACCAUGCACGUCUGAUCGUAGACAAGACAAUGAAAGCACUAGCGAUGGCAGUGCUCAGCACGCAUCAACAUCCGAAAACGCAAUUCAAGGAAAUAAAGUCGUCCGCAAAACAUCGACUGGAACUCGGUAA